AUGUCUUAAAAGCCACAAAGUUCAAGAAGUAAAGAUAAUUUAACCCAGGAUAAUGCCCAGGUUAUUGUCGAGGAAAAAGUUGUCAAGUUCAAUGGAGACGUAUGUAUCAAGAAAUAUCUCAGAGGAAAGUUUUUGGGAAAAGGAGGAUUCGCUAAGUGCUACGAGCUUACAUAUUUAGAAACAAAAAGACUAUCCGCAGCUAAGGUUAUCGCAAAGACCUCUCUUACCAAGUCAAGAGCAAAGUAGAAGUUGAUGAGUGAAAUUAAAAUUCACAGGAGUUUGCAUCAUAACAAUAUUGUUGGUUUCGAGCACUUCUUCGAGGAUGCUGAAAAUGUAUAUAUCUUGCUAGAAUUAUGUCACAAUCAAUCACUAAAUGAACUUCUUAGAAGGAGAAAGAGGCUACACGAGCUAGAAGCACAGUGCUAUGUAAAUUAAAUUUGCGCAGCAGUCAAGUACCUUCACAGUCAUAGAGUUAUACAUAGAGAUCUCAAGCUAGGUAACUUGUUCCUAAACGACAAGAUGGAAGUAAAAAUCGGAGACUUUGGUUUAGCCACUAAGCUAGAGUUCGAUGGAGAGAGGAAGAGAACUAUUUGCGGAACACCUAAUUAUAUCGCUCCUGAGGUCCUUGAGGGUAAACAAGGCCACUCUUAUGAAGUAGAUAUUUGGUCACUUGGAGUAAUAAUUUAUACUCUAAUUAUUGGAAAACCUCCUUUUGAGACUUCUGACGUGAAGACUACUUAUAAAAGAAUUAGAAUGAAUGCUUAUACUUUCCCAGAGAAUGUACCUAUUUCUGAUGCUGCUAGAGAUCUCAUUACUAAGAUUCUAAAUAAUGAUCCUGCAAAGAGACCUACUGUAGAUGAGAUUCUGAAUCACGAAUUUAUAAAUCAUGGGGGUACUAUUCCAAGAUUGCUACCAGCUUCAACAUUGGCUUGUCCUCCUUCAUCAACCUAUAUCAGAUAAUUUUUGCCAUAAAGUCAAAACUAAAAUAGUAAAAGUACUAUCGGGCAGUAAAACCUUGCCAGCACAGCACCUAUUAAAAAUAAUGAGCUGCUCUCAGGUAGAGAUAAAAAGAUCGCUACUGACAGACUAUCAUCCCAACCUAUUUAAGGAAGUAAAACACCAGUAACAGUAGCAAAGGAUGGCUCUAAUAGAAAUUACAAAGACUAAUUAGAGGCUGAAGUUUGGGUUAAAAAGUGGGUAGACUAUUCAUCAAAGUAUGGACUAGGCUAUUACUUGUCAAAUGAAGUUACUGGUGUGUUCUUCAAUGACUCAACAAAAAUUGUCCUUGAUCCUAAUGGCUAUCACUUUGACUAUUAUGAAAGACGUAAUAGCGAUAGAUAGGAUAUAGGCAAAGAAUGUACUCUUACUGAAUAUCCAAAAGAACUCCAGAAGAAAGUUACUCUCCUACAACAUUUUAGAAGUUACCUUGAAGGGAGUGAGAAACCAAAGCCCAAUGAAGUGCCCGUCAAUGAGGAUGGCAUCCUUCCUGAGAGAAAAGUAAAGGAUGUCGUGUAUGUUAAAAAGUGGAUGAGAACUAGACAUGCUAUAAUGUUUAGACUAUCUAACAAAGUAGUAUAAGUUAAUUUCCAAGAUCAUACAGAAAUCAUGCUCUCAAGUGAAACAAAAGUAGUAACAUAUGUGAAUAAAAAAGGAGAGAGAAGUACCUAUCCUCUAAGCAGUGCGAUGGAAUCAGCCAACUUGGAAAUGGUCAAGAGACUCAAAUAUACAAAAGAUAUCUUGACCCAUAUGCUUAAUGCCAAUUCAAAUACUGGCAAGCCUCAAUCAAAUGUUGAUUUGGGAAGUAAUAUCGGAAUGAACACUCAAUCUCAGAGUAGCAGACCUAAGACUAAUGUUAUUGGUGGUGGAGGUCUUGACCAGAAUUCCAAAGGAUAAAUGAGUGCAUCCAAUAAAUUCUCUCCAACAGAUCGUGUGAAUUCUAAACCAUAUCAAACUGCUCAAGGAUUUAAUCAAGGAGGCAUCGAUGAAUGA